AUGAAAGUUGAUGAUGGAAGAUCAGCAAAUGCUUUAGAAACGUAUAUUUUAAAUAUUUCACGCGCGUCGCGUUCAAAACAACUUUGCGUGAAUGACAUUUGGAAGAAACGAAGACUAUAUAAUGGACGAAACAAACGAUGCAUUAUCAAAAAAUUCAGGCGAAGCAGCAGACUCAAAAAUGCGCGUGCUAUUUGUUUUGUUUGCGGAGGAAUUGGCGCGAACUGGUCAUUGUAUUGCAAAGAAAAUUACCAAGAGAAAAAGCCAUAUUUUCCAUUUUUAAAGACGAUCGAGAAGGCGGAAGCGGCCCAUCCGAUAAGGUCAAAUGGUCGCAUAGACGCCUGUACUCUUUGUUUUUCGUUUUUGAUCCAACAAUGGCAUUCUUACGAGAAAAGUAAUACACCAAUAUCCAAACGAACGUACUGGCUCAAGAGAGCGGGAAUUGUCAACAAUAAGACGUCUUUUUUUAAUGUAGGAAAAUUUACGGUCGAAGAAAUCCCACCGAUUUCGAUAGAAAAAAAUGAAGAAAGUGACAAUGAUAUUACAAACGUCGAGAAUAGUUGGUCGUAUUUGAGUGGUUUAAAUGAGACGAAAUAUGCAAUAAAUAGUGCAGACACCUUGUCUUCUGAGAAGGAGACCGUGCAGAAAAUUACAACGUAUUCUUUUGAUGAAUUAUUUUGUGCAGCAUGUCGAAAAACAGGACGAAGUAAUUCUUUCAAAAUAGUCAACACAAAACCUCAACUUAAAACUGAGACACCAUUUUAUCCUAUCCUUGCUCAACAAUGUUCAAACGUGGAUUUUAUGGGAAAAGUGGAAAUUUGUCAAAGUUGUGAGGUUCACCUGCAUAAACAAUGGUUUAUAUUUCAGGAACAGGGCAUUUCCCUGGGCAAGCGUCAUUACACACUUCCAUUAACUUAUAGUCAUGUAAAUGAUGAAGGUAAAACUAGGAUUUGUUUCGUAUGCGGUAAAGUUUACCCAUGUCAUACGGGUAUCGAUAUACAAAUCACAAAUGGAAGACAAGGCCAACCACAUUUCCCCUCUUUACAGAAAUCCAAAUCUCUUGCAUUCCCUGCUGUCAUAUCCAAAGAAGGUAGAAGUAAUGUUUGCAAAUUAUGUCAUGAAGCAUUGAUGAUUCAAUGGAAUCAUUUUGAAGAUGAUAAAGAGACAUUGGAUAAGCAAGAUUACAAGCUACACAAGGAGAAUCGAUGGAUUUGCAAGGAUUCUUUGUCUGUUGAGCAGAUGAAUUCAAACUCUUUAAAAGAUGGGGAUGAUCUUUCCAAGAAAUAUGUCCAUGAUCAAACUUGUCAUGAUAAAAAAUUGACAUUUUCGAUGAUAAACAGAAGCCUAUCUGUCCAUAAUAAACAGAUGGAAAGCAAGUUCUCAGAAGAGGUAACAGAAGAACACAAUGAAACUAAUGAUAAAAUGAAUCACAGGCAUAAAGAUAAUUUUGAAAUAUGUUUUAUAUGCGGCGAGAAAGUUGAUAAUAUAAACUUGGAGUACCUGUAUCUGUUUCCACGACGAUACGCCCAUGGCAUCAAACCAUUCUUUCCUUCCUUAGCCUAUCGUGUUGCAGCGCACCAUGCAAAACUACCAUCAACAUUGGGCACUGUGAUUACAUGCCAGUAUUGCCAUGGCAACAUGAUCUGUCAAUGGUAUGAUGCAGAGAGACUUGAGCAAAAUGGUAUUUCAAAUCCUUGGAUUAGACAAUAUAUUUAUAAUCAAUUCACAUGUUACCUGUGCAAGAAGACAUUUCCCCGUCAGAGAAUCUCUGAUAUAUCCUUGGAAGAUUUCCCGUUUCUUGGCAAAGUCAAGCGACCACAAAGAGGCUUUCGUAUCAACAAAAACAAGAAUUAUGUUGUUUGCAAACAUUGCAAAGAAAUUGUUUGCAUCCAAAAAGAAAACUUUGACAAGUGUAAUGUGAAGGAACAUGACCAAGAAUAUGAGCUUCCAAUGAUUCAAGACUUUUCAAAAAAGCUUUUGAAAAGAAAAUCGCCAGAGGUUCGAGGAGAGAAUAAAAAUGCUGCUGUAGUAAUUGUUGACAGUAAGCAAAACGACGACGACGUGGAGGCCUGGAAAAGAAAAGAAAUAACUGUGACGUCAUCUUCAGAAGGUUUACACGUAAAUGUCACGCAAGGUUUAAGUACUUCUAUGAGUUCACCUCUUUCUACAAGUGAGAAUUCCAGUUUUGCUGCUGCACUACGAAAACUUGCUGAGCAAGCUAUGUCACCUGGUUCCCAGUCUCCUGUUAGUGUAUUACCUCCUCCAAGCAACCAUACUAUUUCGCCUAUGAAGAGCAAUGGGCAUGAAAGUCCGAAAUUGAAUGGAAUGACCACAGUUUGUAAAAAGAAUUUGUGUCGCCUAGAAACACGAGCUCAUCCUCCUCCUGAGUUGCCAACUCUACCAGGUCAUCAAGUCGUGCCUGGGGUAUUUUCCUUAGGACUUCGAGGUUAUGAAGGUAAAGCUUGCCAAAUGGACGAUUUAAAUGCUGUUGGACGUGAAGUCCCCCCCCGGAUGAGAGGUGUUCACCCCCCACAUGCAACUUCUUCCCAUCAGUUUUACAUGCCAUUUUUACAACGACCAACUAUUCCUGAGUAUCUUCCGCCAUUUUCAUAUUAUCCCCACCCGACGAUGAUGGAAUCACCGGGAUUUUUCCCUCCGGGUUUUGACCAUGAGGCCUGGCGCAAACGACGAGCCCUUGAGCAUAUGCGUCAGCAGCAUGAGAGACAUACACAGUUGUUUUCGCCUCAUGAAAGACCGCUGUACAUAAUGGAUCAAGAUCAUCUCAAGUCACUCUCUGUUCAGGCCACCAUGAAUCAACGAACGUUUCCCGGAGAUUUACAUUUGAGGGGAGAGAAAACUCUCGGAAAGGUUAGAUUUAUUACCCGAGAAACGGCGAAGAAAAUUAUUUUUUCAAACCCAACAUCCAGUGUCUUCAUCUUUCUUACAUUUGCCUGGAAGCAGUGGACGUCAGUUAUCAUGAGCACCACUCAUAGUCCAGUUUCCCAUCCUUCGUCUAUAAGAUCACCAUCUAUAGAUAGUGUACUUCCCAAUGAUCGUGGGGAUAGUAACAAAGAUGGAAAACAAAGGGAUCAUCAGGUAUUGUGGACAAGACGCAUGUUUGAACAAAAACGACGUUUGCGAAAAGAAGAAAUCGAAUGGCAACACAGACAGCAACAGGUGAAACAGCAAAAACGUGAAGUUCAACAGGAACUUUUUCAGUUUCGUCAGAAACUUCUUCAACAGAAAGAAUUAGAAAAGGACGAUGCACUUUCUAAGGUAAACAUUGUGUUUUAUUUUAAUACAUUUGUGAUGAUGCCUCGUUCAAAGUUUUCUCAGCUGAAAUCUUUCAUUUUUUUCCCCUCAAGCAUAAAGAAAAAGACACAAAAGAAAAUCAAAAGAACGAACAAAGUGAAACAUUACGAAUGUCUCCAAAAUUAUGGUGAAGGAAAGGGUCAGUCGAUAAACGGCGAAUGUCACGAACCAAAGAAGUUAAAGUUCAUGAAAGAGAUCGGACUGAUGAACAUCAACGAAGAGGAAGAACGCUUUCCCACAAUGCAUUUCGGUGGUAAACGAAAGAGUCCGGAGAAUAUCGAAGAAGACGAAAGCAAUAAAGAGAAUCGCGUCGAAAAUGGCGAAGUAGUUGCUGAGGAUGGCGACGAUAAAGACGACAAGAGGACGUACUGUGAGAAAGUCGACUUUCUGUUCAACUUGGGUUUAGUGACACAUCGUAAACGGCAAGACCUAGAAGAUGAUUUUGAGAAGAACAGAUGGGAGAGACGACAUCAACGGUUACGUAGAAAAACAAAGAAAUCCAAGAAAUCCAAGAAGGAGAAGAAAGAGGAGAAAACGCGAAGUAGAACUCCGCUAGAUCUUGAUGUUAGUGGACCUAUGACUCGUCAGAAACAACAAAUGUUGCAAGAAUAUGGUUUGUUGUUACCGCUAAAAGACGCCAUGGAAAAAGAAUCCUCGUCGUCUUCUGAUAGUGCAACAACCAAUGAAAGAGAAAGUGUGAAAGGAAAGGAUAGUCCGGGAGGCGGGAAAAAAUUUAAGAAAGUCGAGGUUCUUCACAAGGAUGAAGUAUAUCACAAUACAUACGAAGUCAGUACACCUCCACCAAAAUCCCUACAGUCAACUGCUCGUUUAUCGAGUCCACAACUGACUCUACAGUCUCUUACAAAUACUGACAAUCCAUACCAUCAAUCUUCAUCAUCGGCAUUCCACCCUCCUCAGUUUUAUCAGUCAGGACUGUUAUCGACGCAACAAGAUUCUUCUGGAAAGAUAUCUGAAAAUGGAAGAGGAUCACCAUCUUGUAAAGACAGAGGCUAUACAGGAGCUGUCUCUGAAUACCAUGCAACAAAUACGGAAAGUCGACCAAGUUGGUUGCUGACGCAAGAAAUGUUUAAGUGGCCUGGAACUAGGACUAUCGUUAAAUCCUACUUGGCUUAUAAUCAAGAACGAGAAUAUGAACUGAACAGUGUUAAGGAAAGGGAGGAGAAAUUACGAAACGAACAUUGCAGUUUAAUCCAAGAAUACGAAAGGUUAAACACUGCACAUUUGGAGCUGAUGUCGUCAAAACAGAUGCUGGACACAGAUCGAAAAAAUCUAAAUGAAAGAUUUCAACGACUCAGAAGUUUUAUGAUUUCCGUUCAAAAUACAUGAUUCUAUUUAUUGUUCAUAUAUUUGUAAAAUAACACACGAGAUAACUUUGAUAUCAUGCAAAGUUUUCUAUUCUAGUGCAUUUUAGAUAAGAGCUUUUUAUUUCAAUCAGGAAGACUUACGCGCGAAUAACUGCGCGCUAAAAAGUAGAGAACACGAUGUGUAAAAUAAGAGAAAAUACAGUUAUAUUAAAAGUAGACGUAGGUAGUACAGUUAUAUAGUCAUGUGAUGCAUCAAGAAAUAUUAUCCAAUCAGAACGAAGCAACUGCAUCACAUGCACUACUAUUCGUUAUUGUUGAUGAUUUUGGUGUUGUUAUACCAACCUGGACGAUCUACAUUUACCAACAUGAUUUUGGUGUUGUAGUAGAUGUGUUCAUUAAAAAUUAGUAACAGUAGAGAGGAAAGACUUGUUUUAUUUCUAAGGUUAUAAUGGUUAAUAUUAUUACAUGUAAAUAUUAUUUAUAAGAGCUUGAGAGAAAAUAUUGCAGGAUUCAUAUUUAUGAGAAAAAGAUAAAUUAAAACAAACUUAAGGUAUCGAAAAAUUGAAAA